AUGCGAAGAAGGCAGGAAGGUGAAACUGGAGCUCUUACAAGUGAGGUUAGGAAAUACUUAACCUCCAGGAAGAUGGUGAAAAAGACAAUCCAAAAGGCUAUGAAGAAUCUCAAGGGAACUGAAAACAGAUCCACCUUCUCUUCCCUCAACAAGGACAGUGAGACUAUUUCCAUUGUGAGCGAGUUGAGAAAUGUUGAAGCAGUCACUCUCGUAGUGUUCGAAUCACUGCUGUCCUUCAUCUCCGGCCCAAAAUCACAGCCAAACAGCAGCUGGUCAUUGGUCUCCAAGAUGAUGCAAUCUAAACAAGUAGCUUGCGAGGAAGAAACAGAAGUAAAUGAAUUUGCAGAGGUGGAUGCUUCAUUGCAGUCACUCAUUGGACACAAGACAAGCAAAUCUCAUUCCCAAAGUGCAGAUAAUGCACACAACCAGUUGGAGAAGCUGGACGCAUGCAUUCAAGAUCAGGAAGACGGACUUGAGUGCCUAUUUAGGCAAAUGAUCAAAACAAGAGUCUCCCUCCUCAACAUCCUAAACCACUAUAUAUUAGCUUUUUCGAUUUUGUACAUGAAAAACAUUACUUGUGUAUACAAAUACAUCCUCUGA